CGACCAACACUGAGACAACUGCAACUCCAACUACUACUGAAACAACUACCGCCCCAACGACAACUGUACAGUCUACAACUGAGACAACUACAACCCCCUCUACUACUGAAACAACUACCACCCCAACGAAAACUGUCACUUCGAACACAACUGAGACAACUCCAACUUCAACAACUCCAGCUACCACCCCAACAACAACUUCUACAACAGAGACAACUUCAACUCCAACAACUGCAACUGCAACUACUACUGCAACAGCUACCACUCCAACAACAACUGCAGAGUCUACAACAGAGACAACUACAACUCCAACUACUAGUGAAACAACUACCACUACAACGACAACUGCAACACCUUCAACGGCCACAACACCUGAAAAAAGUACCGCCCCAACAACAACUGCAGAGUCUAUCACUGAGACAACUACAAUGCCCUCUCCAACUGACACAACGUCCACCCCAAUGACAACUGGCACAUCGACCACAACCGAAACAACUACCACCCCAAACACAACUGUGGAGUCUAUAACUG